AUGGUAAGAGAAAUACCUAUUUAUGAAGCAUUUACGAUGGAUGGAGAAACAUACGAAACUGUAUUGUCACCAUUAAAUGGACCCAAGCAGAUACAAUUAGUGUUUCCAUUUCAAACAAAAUAUUGGACAAGAUUUAAAAUAAUAGGUUUAAAUGGCCCUUUAGAAAGUGUAGAAGCAGGUCCAGGUGCAAGAAUACCUAUUGGUUUAUCGAAGAUUUAUAGUGUGGAUGACUUUGGACCAUUUAUAACGAUCGAGAUAUUUAAAAAAAAUCCAAGAACAUAUAUAGAUACUUUAAAGGUUAAAAAAAGAUUUGUCGAAGGUUUUAGUUUACAUUUUUUAACACAAUAA